AUGGAUGAAAAAGUUUGUAUAUCAAAAGAAGGGGAAAUAUAUAAAACAUGUGGUAGUAACAGUUAUAUAAAAAAUAGUAAUAAUAAUACAAAUAAUAAUUCUAAAAGUUAUAAUAUGAAAGAUAUAAAUUUAUCUAACAUAAGGAAAGAGAAUGAAUCUUUUAAUUUUAACAACAAUGAAAAAAAAUCAAGUGAGAAAAAUAUUCACAUAUUAAUUAACAAGAACAAUAAUUUCACUAAAAAUAAAUAUAGAAUUAAUAGAGAUAUAUACGAAAAUAAAUUUGUAGAUCAAAAAAAGAGAGAAAAUAUUAAUACAGAAGAAAGUAAUAAUAACAAAGGAAAAAAUGUGUCUACUAAUGAAAAUGAUAUAAAAUAUAAAAGUGAUAAAAAAAAUGAUAUAAAAUAUGAAUGUGAUAAAAAUAAUGAAAAUGUUAUAAAAUAUGAAAGUGAUAAAAAUAAUGAAAAUGAUAUAAAAUAUGAAUGUGAUAAAAAUAAUGAAAAUGAUAUAAAAUAUAAAAGUGAUAAUAAUAAUGAAAAUGAUAUGAAAUAUAAAAGUGAUAAAAAUAAUAUUCCAAAUGAUAAUAAUAAAAAUAUUAAUGUUAUAAAUGGCAAUCUUUUAUAUAAUAGUAUUAAAAAUGAUUAUGAUAAAAAUGAAAAUUUUUUCACUAAAAAAAAUGUUAUCAUAAAUAAUAUAAAAGAUAUGAAAAUGAAAAUGCUACAGAAUUAUAUAAUAGAAAAUGAUAUAAUUAAAAAUAGAAGAAAUAUAUAUGAUUCUUAUAACUUUAAUUAUAAUAGUUUUAAGCUAAUAAAUGAAGAAAGCAGUAGUGAUGAUACUAACUAUGAUUGUUUCAAUAAUGAAAGUAAUUUUAUAGAAAAUUUUAAUUUUUUAAAUUUAUCCAAGGGAAAAUUAGAUAAAGCAUACAAAAUUAUAAAUAUGUAUUUACCUUGUAUUGAUAAAAAUAGAAAGAGAAAAAAAAAAAAAAAAUACUCACAUAGAAAUAAUGAUGAAAUACUAUAUAAUAUGGCAAACUUAAAAUUAACAGGUACUUCAGUAAUAUUAACAAAUGAAAACUCCAAAUUUAUUUAUAAAAUAAUUCCUUUUUUUAAAAAUGGAGAAGCAAAUUUUUAUAUUAAUGCUUUUACUUCAUUCAAUUAUAUAUAUAAAAAUCAUAAAAAGCUAAAAAAGCGUGAGAAUAUUAAUACUAUAAAUGAAAAAAAAAAAAAAAAAAAUUAUUUGAAUUUAUACGAUAAAUUACAUAAAGUAAUUGAUAAUAUACAAAAAAUAAAGUAUAAUGUAAUGAAAAAAAGCUUUAAUAAAUCAAAUUCUUGUGAGGGAGAUGAAACAUUAAGUAAGACCGUUACGACUAAUUCAAAUUUGUUAAAUUAUGAAGAAAAUAUUAAUAGUGAUGAUACUAUAGGAAAUAUAGUUAUAGAAAACAAUUAUAAUAAAAAGAAUCAUUCAUUAGACAAUUUAAGUGACAACAAUUUUAAUUACAAAGAAAAAAGUUCUCUUAAUUUAUAUUUUUCGAAAAAAUUAUCAAAUGAUAUUUUUAACAUGGACAGUAUUUUUAAAAAAAGUUCUAGUUUUUAUAAUAAUUUAGAAUUUGUAAAAACAAACUUAAAAUCAAAAUUAGUAAAUAAAAAAAAUUUUCUAUUUGGUCAAUAUAUAGAAAAUAAUGAUAUGCAAACAAUGAAAAAACAUUGUAAUGAAUUGAAUAAUAUAGAACAAAAGAUAGAAAAAUUAAAUUAUAAUAAAAAUUUAAAUGAUGAUAUAAAUGAAGAUAUUAGCAUAAAUUCAAAUGCAAAUUCAUGUAAAAGUAUAAAUUCAAAUUUGAUUAAUAAUGAAAUUACAUCUUAUAACCAUUUGAUUAAAAAUAAUACAAAUGAAAGUGAAAAAAUAUCAGGUACAACUAUUUUUAAAGAGUUAAAUAAUAAAAUAAAUAAUUUAUCUAAAGAAGAUAUAAAUUUAGAAGAAAAAAAAAUUUUCCACAAUAAUUCAUAUGAAGAAAACUUUUGUCAUUUUGAUAAGAAAUAUAUUAAUGUAGAUGAUAAAUUAUUAAAAAAUAAUGAAAAAGAAAAUAUGUUAAAUGAAAAGUUUAUUUUAUCUUUUUUAGUUAAGCAUAAGUUGAUUCCGAAAUGUUUUGAUAUUGUUCCUGUAUAUAAAUGUAGAGAAAACGAAGAAAAAGAAAAAGAAAAAGAAAAAGAAAAAGAAAAAGAAGGAAAAAUAUCAAAAAAUUCUUUUAAAGAAAAUAUUAAAAAAAUAUUAGGUAAUAAUCAAACUAAUGAAGAGUUAAAUAAUUAUGAAAAAAUUUAUAGUAUUAAUAAAGAUAAUAACAAAAAUAGGAUAAAUGAGAAAAAUUUAAAUGAAAAAAUAGAGAGUGAAAAUAUGGAAAUAUUAAAUGAUAAUAAAAGUGAUGUAAAUAAAAAACAAAAAAGUAAAUUUUCUGAUAGUGAACAAAAAUUAAAUGAAAAUUAUAAAAAUGAAUUUAAUUCAGAAAAAUCAACAAAUCAAACAAAUGAAAAAUGGAAAAUAGGAAACUAUAAUAAUAUAAUAAAUGAAAAUAUUGAUAAUGUUUAUUUGGCUUUAAAAUUAAAGAAGGUAUGUAAUGAAAUAAAAUAUUCUGAUCAACAAAUACUAGAUUUAAAAUUAGGUUAUAAUACAUUGAAAGAUAAUGAUUUAUCGUUUAAUGAAGAUUUGCUGAAUGAUAGUGAAUUAUUAGAUUGGAAUGAAAAGGAAAAAUAUGUAAAAAAAUGGUCAAAAAUGAAGAAAAAAAUAAGAAGUUUUUAUACUAAUACAAGUGAUCAACAUAUAAUUCAUAUUUCAUCAAAAGACUUAAAUUUACCAAGUUAUUUUAAUAAAUAUGAUAAUAAUGAAAUAUACUGCCUAUUAAAAUCAUGGAAACAAAGUGUCACUUCAUUAAAAACUACUCAGAAAACUUUAGGUUUUCGUAUAUGUUCUUUAAUUUAUUAUAUAAAUUAUGAUAAUAUAUUAGAAGAUGAAAAUAUAAAAAAGUUUUAUUCCGAUUUUAUAAUAAAAAAGAAUAUAAUUCAGAGAAAUGAACUAGGUGAAAGUGAAAAAUUGCAAAAAUAUGCAGAAAAAAAAAAAACAGAAAUAAAAGAAUGCUAUGAUGAUAUGAACAAAAGAUUAAAAGUAAACAGAAAACUUGGUUUGAAACUUAAUGAAGAGCAAGUUUUAUACUUUUUAACAAUUUUUUUAAAAAAUAUUGUUUACAUUAUUUUACCCAAAUUAUUAAAUUUAAAAUUAUGGUUAGAAGAACAAUCUUUAUAUUAUUUUUGUUCUACUUCUUUACUAAUAAUAUAUGAUAAAAAAAACCCUUUAAAUUGUGAUAUAAAAUGGAUUGAUUUCACUUAUUCUUUUGAAAAUUUAAAUUAUUUAAAAAAAGAAGAAAAAAAAAAAAAAAUUAAUUUAGACAUCCUUUUUGGCUUAAAUAAUUUGAUUAAGUUAUGUAAAACUAUAUUUUUUAAUAGUAAUAUACCACCAUCCCUUUCUUAUUUUGAAAAUCAAAAAAACACACAAGAAUCAAAUAUUUAA